ACCUAGUUUCCGUUCUUGCUGCUUCAAUCAAAUAGGAGUGUGAAUUUGAUUGUCGGUUCAAAAAACCCUAGCAAGAAGCGAAUCGCGGUUCGGAGUUGUCCAUCAUUGUCGGCCAAGCGUCGAGGCCGACGCCACAACCAUGAGUCAAAUUCAGAAUUUCGAGCAACACUCUCGCUAUCUUAUCGAACCCGACCUCCCAAUCCAAGGGAGGCUUCAAAUGGUAAUGGAGGUCCGCGACAGUCUGGAGAUUACUCACAAAGGGGAGUACUUGAAUUUCCUGAAAUGUUACUUCCGGGCGUUCUCUGCGAUCUUGUAUCAGAUAACGAAGCCACAAUUCGUUGACAACCCGGAGCACAAGCUCCGGAACAUUGUUGUGGAGAUACUCAAUCACCUGCCCCACAGCGAGGUGCUUCGGCCCUUUGUUCAGGAGCUCCUCAAGGUCACAAUGCACGUGCUUACCACUGAUAAUGAGGAAAAUGGCUUAAUUUGCAUCCGUAUAAUAUUCGUGGUCAUGUUUCUGUUUCAGUUGUAUAGCAGGCUUGUUCAGACUAACAUUCCUCAGUUGCUGCCUUUGAUGGUUACGGCUAUAUCUGUUCCGGGUCCGGAAAAGGCUCCGCCUCAUUUAAAAAGUCAUUUCAUUGAGCUAAAGGGUGCACAAGUUAAGACCGUUUCUUAACUUAAGUUACCUCUUGAAGAGUUUUUCUGAUUAUAUCAAGCAACAUGAAGAGAGUAUUUGUAAAAGCGUUGUCAACCUCCUUGUUACUUGUUCUGACUCUGUUUCCAUCCGGAAGGAAUUGUUGGUAGCCUUGAAGCAUGUUCUUGGGACAGAUUUUAAGAGAGGCUUUUUCCCUUUGAUUGACACACUCUUGGAAGACAGGGUUCUUGUGGGAACUGGCCGAGCAUGUUUUGAGACAUUGAGGCCAUUGGCUUAUAGUCUACUGGCAGAGAUUGUUUAUCAUGUUAGAGUAGAACUCUCCUUGUCACAGAUAUUGUUGAUCUUAUUCUGAUGUAAAAAUAUGCCAUGUAAAUUUCUCAUUACUUGUGAUUGUUUUGUAGAAGUUAAUUGCAGAAGGCAUUCAACUUCCAUUGUUACCUCUUUUUUGUGCUCAACACUUUCUUUUAAGAUAAUGGUAACAUGGGGAAAGUCACGACAUUGUACA